AUGUUCGUCUUCUUCCUCCAGAGAGUAAGGCGAAGUGGACCUGACAAAAGUGUGUUGGAGGUAACAGAUUUCCAUGUGAGCAGUACUGUUGUGUCCCGAUAUGCACGCACUACUGUCGUCAGCACUGUCAGGAACCACCACAACCAAUCACAGGAGGCCAACUUUGAAGUGGACCUCCCUUCCACAGCAUUCAUCUCCAACUUUACCAUCACAUCAGGCGGCACAAUAUAUGUGGCCCAAGUGAAGGAGAAAGAAGUUGCCAAGAAAAUCUAUGACUCUGCCAAAAAAGAGGGGAAAACUGCGGGACUGGUGGCCAAAAGGGAAAAGGGGGCGGAGAACUUUAGUGUUUCCGUCAGUGUCGCUCCAGGCACAAGCCUUUCUUUUACCCUGACCUAUGAGGAGCUCUUGGCUCGAAGACUUGGUCAUUAUGAACUGGUUCUAGGCCUAAGGCCCACUCAGCCUGUCCAGAACCUCACAGUGGAUGUGAGCAUAUCAGAAAGAACUGGGAUCAGUUUCAUUCAGGUCCUGCCUCUAAGAACCAGUCAACACUUAUCCAACACUCUUGCAGGUGAGUCUGUGGCCCCUCCCUCAACACAGAUUGAGCGAAUAGAAAGAUCCUCUGUCCGGGUGCAGUAUAGCCCUUCUGUCUCUCAGCAAAUCAGUUUCUCUCCCAGUGGUCUUAAUGCUGACUUUGUCAUCCAUUAUGACGUGGACCUCACAGAUCUUAUUGGGGACGUACAGAUUUUUGAUGGCUACUUUGUCCAUUAUUUUGCGCCUAGAGGACUUCCUAUCAUGCCAAAGGAAGUCAUUUUUGUUAUUGACGUGAGUGGAUCAAUGGAUGGGAUCAAAAUGAAACAGACCAAGGAAGCAAUGAAGACAAUUUUGAAUGAUCUGCAUGAGCACGACUUCUUCAACAUCAUCACCUUUUCCAGCUCUGUGCAAACCUGGCAGAGGGAAGGCACUGUUCCUGCUUCACGAGAGAAUGUAGAACUUGCUAAGACCUUUGUUAAGCGCAUGAAGGCAAAAGGCAUGACAGACAUCAAUUCUGCUGUGCUCCAUUCAGCAAAACUUCUCAGUCAGUCAGCCAGGAGUUCAGGGUCCAAGGGCGUUCCCAUGGUAAUAUUUUUGACGGAUGGUGAAGCCACCGAAGGUGUAAAAUUGAAUGCGGCCAUACUGCGGAAUGCCAGGGAUAGUCUAGGGUCUGCAUCUCUGUUUGGACUAGCUUUUGGACGUGAUGCAGACUUUGCCCUUGUCCGUCAGCUCUCUCUAGAAAACCGUGGUGUGGCGCGAAGGAUUUAUGAGGACGCAGAUGCUAAAUUACAGCUGAAAGGAUUUUAUGAUGAAGUUGCCAGCCCCCUGCUAUCCGAUGUCCAGCUCAGUUACCGCGACGACCAGGCCUUUGAUGUCACACGUGCCUUUUUCCCAAACUACUUCCAAGGCUCAGAGCUGGUGGUGGCAGGUCGGGUCCAGCCAAAAAUGCAGGAACUUUCCGUCUCUCUCACAGCCUCUGAUACACAACGAGGUCUCAUGCUUCAGAAUAGCAUACCUGUCUCCCAGGACAGUGAGAGGAGAGACAUGUCACCUGGCAUGAAUACAUCAUCAAGUGAAGAUGUGGCAGUGUCUCAUUUUGUUCAGCGUCUUUGGGCAUAUUUCACCAUUAAAGAUCUUUUAGAGAGGGCCCAGAACACUAGUGACUCUACAUUAGUUGCAGAACUGAAGAAAAAAGCCACUGAACUCUCCAUUAAGUAUAACUUUGUAACACCUGUUACUUCACUGGUGGUGGUCAAACCAGAAAUGGAAGAGGCAAAAAGUCGUGAUGUUAACAUAGAAAGAUCCAAACCACAGAGCAGAGCUGUACCUAAGCAUCCCAAGAAAGUGUUUGCAUCCUCAGUGGAUGGUGACCCUCAUUUUGUGGUUCAUUUGCCAAAGCUGGACCAAACUCUGUGCUUCACUAUAGAUGGCCAAGCCAAUGACAUCCCGAGACUGCUGGAGGAUCCAGAGAGAGGCAUCGUAGUGGAUGGUAGGUUGAUGUGGGCGCCUCCAGAGGUGGGUUUUGAAGACCACAAUCGGACAUAUUUUGACCAGAUCGUAGUUUCCAUGACAUCAGGCGAAAAACGUGGUGUGGUGGUUACCAUCACCCUAGAUUCAGUGAAGAUUGAUGUGAAGGGUGAGGGUCCUCUAAUGCUGCAGACUGGUAGGCCAGGGGUUGUGGAGAGACAUGAUUUCGUUGUGGAGAUUGAUGAACAUCUGCGGUGUUGGGUGGAUUUAGGCAAAGAGGUGCAAUUCCUUGUUCUCUUUCAUCACUACCGCCACCCAACUUACCUGCAGUUGGCACACCUGGGCUUCUACAUUGCCAAUGGAAAAGGCCUCUCUUUGCAGACUCAGGGUCUGCUGGGUCAGUUUCAGCAUGCAGAUAUAAAAAUAACCAAAUUGCAGACAGAGAGAUUGGACAGGGACAUACCCAGCCUACACGUACGCUCUGGUUCAAGUGGCACUGGGAGGCACACAGCCCACACGGACGCCCUGGCAGAAGGAGUACUGAGGCGGGGGACAGUACAAGUCCCUGUCACCCUGAGGAGAAAGAACAUUAAAGACACAGUGUGGAAACGUCACCCAGAGCACUGCUGGGAAGUGGCCAGAGCAGAUGUGGACAAGAUCCUCCUUCAACCCUACCAGAGUUACAUACAGUAG